AUGGCCCGGCCAUCCGCGCCUUCGCAGAGCCCUCAUCGCUCUCCCCCUCGCACGACCUCGACCUCCCCCUCCACCGCCGUCCCCGGCUGUCCCGCGUGUUGUCCGGCCUGCGCGCCGUCGACGUCGACUGCCGAGUCGCUCUCUGUGACGGACGAGUCCGCUAAUGGCCUCGCUGUGGUCCGCGGAGCGGCAGAGAACGGCAGACGACGAGAGGGGGGUCUUUCUCGACCGAACGGACGCGCGCGUGCGAAGCGUUCUCAGGCUCGUCUCGCACCGCAGAAGAAGAAACGAGUAGAUGCGCCCGCUUCCACGCCGACCCAGCCUCCUUCCGUCGUCAACAAGCUCAAACGGCCUCCUCCCGCUCCUCCAGCCGAUGGCUCGCCUGCCCCGCCGCCGCAACCACCCAUUCCGCCUGAUGGGUCUGUCAAGACGUGCGAGGCGGUGGACCGGUACGAUGAGGUUUGUGGCGAGGUCGUGGUGGGGGGAUGGAAGGGAAAGGUCCCGAGACGGUGGUGUCAGAUGCAUGAGGACGAAGAGAAGUUUGUCAGGGCUUCUUUUUGGAACUCCGUCUCUUCCCUCCCUCGACUCGCCCGCACACAUCCACUCCCUUCGCCGACCGAAAUCACGUCCUCGACCUCAUUCACCGAGCUCGCAGGCUGGGAGACGAUCGCUCGGCAACACAUGGACCUCGCAAAGCGGGCUUACGACUCUUGGGUGUUUCACCGGACGCACUUCUUCGCUGCGGGUGGGGACCUGGUCGAUCGAUUGGAGGGACGGGGAGAGGGAGAAGGCGGGACGGAUUUGGCGAGAGGGGCGUGGGAGGAGGUGAGGCUGAGAGGGGAGAAGGCGGAGGCGGUCCUCAAGCUCAUCAUUCGACGCUCGCACUUCCUCGUCUGCGAUGCCGAAGACGCCCUCUGGCUCCUCCACCCACAAAGUCGCUGCACCCACGCGACCGCAAACGGCUACGACUCGUCCUCGUCCCAGUCCUCCUGCGAAUGCUCGCACGACGCGUCGUACUGCAACCACGGCGAAGACGGUGGUUUGCAUGGGUCCGAGUGCGGCUGUUGCGCCAACUCGUCGAUCGUUGCUGCAGAGGACGAAGACGACCAAUCCGCCUGUUCUUGUACGCGCACCUCUUCCGCAUCGCAUCACCACCCCCACCACCACCAUCAACAACACCAUCACCACUCGCAUCGUCAUCCGGCGCACACCCUCCAUCGAAACCACAUCUCACCGCCCGACCAAGCACCUCACAACCCGCUCCGACCGCCCGGCUCGCCGACUCUCGCGCCUGAAUCUGAAGAACCCGACCCGCUCCUCGCGCUCGACACGUUGAGGCGGACGGAGCUGCUCGAGCUGCUUAGCUUGACGGGGAGUCAUGCGAGUUUCAUUCGCGAAGGGAGGAAGAGCGUCGAGCGGGUCAGGAUUGUCGAGUGCUUGUUCAGGAGGUUGAUUUCGAGGGACGAGGAGUUGCUCGUCAAGGCGUACCGGGGCGGUCACGAUCAUGUCCUGCGGUUCUUCGAAGAUCCCGCUCUCGUCACUCUCCCCGCCCUCGCUCGUCUUCACCGCGCACUCCAGCGCACUUCGCCUCUCGAGCUGAAGGAAGCGAUCAUGGACGCCUUUCGCGCGAUCGCAUGGGAAGAGUCGGGCGCGACCGAGACGGAAGAAGGCGAGGAGGGCGUCGGGAUGCAAGUACUCGGCGGGUGGCUCUACCGCUACCAGCUCAGUCGCAGCAUGACGCCGCGCGAGUGGUCGCACCUGUACGACCUAUGCGCCUGCCCCGGUUGCGCCACAAAGUGCUGCCAACGCUUCACGGACCUUGCGCUCAUUCGUCGACUGAGCGUCGUCCCGCACGGCCCGCAUCCUCCGCCGUUCGAGUCGUGGGCGCAGCCGGGCGAGACGGACGCGAAGAAGGUCUUCAAGGCCCUCGAUGUCGUCUGGUGUGCUGGGAAGGAGAAGGACGAUGUGCGCAAGGUUAGGAAGAUGACGCAGCCGGGCAUGGGUAUCGGGAUGGGCGCAGAGUCGGUCUGGGCGGCGCGGCAGGAGCGCAACUGGGCGUUCCUCAAGCUUUCGCUCACCCACCCUCACGCCCUCUCGAUCCUCACCCUCCUCUCUCAGUUCUUUACCCUCCUCGUCCGCUCUCGCCUUACGCCUUCUCACCCGCUUCCUCCGUUCCCGCUCCCUCCGCCGGCGCACCUCUGGACGCACCGCAUUCGCACGGCACCGACAAAAGCAGCCCUCUCGCGCCCUCCCUCUCCCUCGACCUCCUCUUCGUCUUCUCUCGCCGUCUCGGCUCCAUCGCCUUCCUCGCACCCCUGGCGCGCCCUCCCGAACCCAUUCAACCUCUCGCACUCUCCUGCCCACAUUCUCGCCGGCUUCGACGCCCUCGACAGUCCCGAGAAGGAGCAGGACAUGCCGCCUUUCGACGGGACCUACGAGAUCCUCGUCCUCGAUGCGCCGUCUGACUCGCCUUACGCUUUCGUCGAGGCGUACAUCCCUCGCCCGCUCGCUGCGUUCGAGAACUUCCUUGCCUCCGUCAUCGCUUCGGCGUGCGGGAUCAAGGUUCCCGGCGUCACCGUCUUUGACGAAGACAACUCGACGACGAACGGUGCCGACUCGCGUGCGGUGGCAGAGAAGCAAGGAAUGGACAUGCCUGCCUUGCUCCAAGCCGCGCUGGAGCACGGCGCAGUCGAGUCGUUCCUCGCCGGCGACCUCGUCUGGGACUUUGGCGACGUCAAGGGUGUCACAACGCCUUUCUCGUCGUCGACGGGCGGCGCGGGCGGCAAGCGGUUCAGCGGUGUCGACCUCAAAAAAGUCGGCAAGAACGGGAUCGUCGCGCCGCCUCUGCCGACUCCUGCGGCGCCCGCAGCGAACAAUGGAGCGAAUGGUGCCGUCGGUGCGGCUGGCAGGAAGGGCGGCGCGGGAGCAAAGAACGCGAAGGGUUCUGCUGCGACUGGAGCGGCAGCGGCGGACAAGGACAAGAAGGGCAAGGUGCUCGACGGCUUGCGCGACGACUCGCUUGCGCUCCGCCUCGCCCGCUCGCUGUUCGUCUCGUGA